UCUACGCAACGUGUUCGUUAAUAUAUAUAAUCAGAUGAAAAAUGUGAAAGCUGUUCCUACAGAAAGACAAAAUUCAGCAAAUUACUCAGUCCAAGAUGGUCAGUCUUAUUCGUUGAAUACGAAUGAAAGCAGUGAAGAGAAUGAGACAAACCAUUUCAGCUCCAAAAACAGUGAAGAGAAUGUGACAAAGCAAUCCAGCUCAGAAAGCUGUGAACAGAUUGAGAGAAAGUAUAUUGAGGAUCAUAAUGGAAGCAGCACUAAUUCAGCAGAAUCAUUUGCUGCAACUGCGGAGAAUAAUGGCCGAAUUAGACCCCAAAGGAAGAAACUUUGCAGGCACAAAUUUUUUUAUUCCUCAGUGUUAUUUUUUGUAGCAGCUAUAUCAAUAUUGCUAUUUGCAUUAGCCAGUUCUCAUAAAACUGCCCUGGACUGCUAUGAAACCAAUCGUCAUACUGUUAUGGAGAUGAAAAGAAUUGUACAAGAUAUCAAGCUUGGACAGAAGGAGUUAAAAAACUCAGUUCUUCUAAUGCAGAAUGAUUCAAAAGAAGAAUUUCUUUUAAUGCUGGAAAGUAUCCUGCAUAAAAUUUUGCUAUUCAAUUACAUUUCCUUGCAAAAAAAUUCAACGACCAUGCAAGAUUCCAUAGUUCAUCAACAACAGCAUAUGACAGAAGAAAUGCUUUUAAUGGUUAAGCAAUUCAAAUAUACUGAAAGGGCUAAAUCUACAGAUCAGCCCAAACUUCAUGAAUCUAUUGAUCGUGAAUAUUCGUUAAAGAGUAAUGAAAGUGAAUAUCCAGAAAAAGUAGACAAACUGAUACCAAGUGAAGAAAAAUUUGUAUCAUAUGCUUAUCAACCAGAGCAUAUGGCAGAAGAAAGGUCUUUAAUGGUUAAGAAACUCAAAUAUGGAGAUGUUGAAGAGGAUAAAUCAACAGAUCAGAUCCAACUUUAUGAAUUUAUUGAUCAUGAAUAUUCGUUAAAGAGUAAUGAAACUGAAUAUCCGGAAAAAGCAGAAAACCUGAUAUCAAGUGAAGAUAGCUUUGUAUCAUAUGCUUAUCAACAAGAGCAUAUUACAGAAGAAAUACCUUUAAUCGUUAAGAAACUCAAAUAUGUAGAUGCUGAAGAGGAUAAAUCAACAGAUCAGAUCCAACUUUAUGAAUUUAUUGAUCACGAAUAUUCGUUAAAGAGUAAUGAAACUGAGUAUCCGGAAAAAGCAGGAAACCUGAUAUCAAGUGAAGAUAGCUUUGUAUCAUGUGUAUCAUAUUCAAAAUUAACUUAUUAAAAAGCGUCAAAAUUAUUUAAGAUUGCAACUAAAUAACUCCUUGAAGUAAUUAUUGUUUCAUAAGAUGAAAAUGUUUCAGUCAAAAAUUGCAAGUGUUACUUUAGCUUUUACCGGUUUUUAAUAAUAUCCUGAAUCUUCAAUACAAUGACUCUACAAUUUUACAACAAUAAGCAAUUUUAGAAACUUCUUUCUAUUACAGUGGGUUAAACCUUUAAAAAGUUUCAUAAUAAAGAUUUGAAUUCUCAUGGGUUGACAAAGAAAAAGCUUCAAGACCAACAGCUACAUUAUUAAAUCGGAGUCUACUGAUGUAACAGAGUCUUGAAAUUCUGUUAUUAUAGGGUAUAUUCUGUGCUAGGAAAUGUGAAAAUUUUGAAGCUAUAAUAAAGUGCGUAAUUGAUAAUUACAUGUUCUUUUAUAAAUGCUGCACGCCUAACUAUCUCUUCAAUGUUUUAUUGUAAAAUUUUCUUGUUUACGAAAUGUAUGAAACAAAAUAUGAUAUGAUGCU